AUGUAUCUCCCCUAUUGUGUAGGAAGCAAAAUGAGUUUGUGGUAUAUCAUUGUUGCAAUAGUAGUCUUCUUUGCAUCUAUACUCAUUGCAAAGAACACGAGCAAGACAACGAAGAAUCUACCUCCUGGACCCCCAAGACUUCCUAUAAUUGGCAACUUGCACCAAUUGGGAUCCAAACCUCAUCGUUCGAUGUUCAAGUUAUCUAAAAAAUAUGGAUCUCUAAUGUCCCUAAAGUUCGGAAAUGUAUCUACCGUAGUGGCAUCAACUCCAGAGACAGUGAGAGAUGUCUUAAAAACGUUCGACAUUGAUUGUUGUUCACGACCUUACAUGACGUACGCUGCAAGAAUUACAUACAAUUUAAAAGAUCUCGGCUUUGCACCCUAUAGCAAAUACUGGAGGGAACUACGAAAGCUUACGGUUGUUGAACUCUACACGGCGAAGAGGGUACAGUCGUUUAGACAUAUAAGAGAAGAAGAAGUUGCCUCCUUCGUCGAUUUCAUCAAACAAUCUUCUUCAUUGGAGAAGCCCGUUAACUUCAACCUCAAGUUGAUGAAACUGUCAGCGAGUGUGAUUUGUCGAGUUGGAUUUGGGAUAAGUCUUGAAGGGAGUAAACUUGAGAAUAGUUAUGACGAAGUCAUUCAAGGAAUCAUGGAGGUUGUGGGGAGUUUUGCAGCAGCGGAUUACUUCCCGGUUAUCGGCAAAAUCAUCGAUAGGCUCACAGGGUUACAUGGCAAAUGUGAGAAGGUUUUCAAAGCCAUGGAUACAUUUUUCGAUCAAGCUAUAAAGCGUCAUUUAGAAGAUGAGAGUGUUAAAGAUGAUAUCAUUCACUUGCUCCUCAAAAUGGAAAGGGGAGAGAUUGGGCUUGGGGACUUUCAAAUUACACGAAACCACACCAAAGGAAUUCUUCUGAAUAUUCUUGCUGCUGGAAUAGACACUUCUGCCCAAACUACGACAUGGGUGAUGACGCAUUUGAUUAAGAACCCUAGAGUUAUGAGGAAGGUGCAAGCUGAGGUGAGAGAAGUGAUCAAAAACAAAGACGAAAUCACAGAAGAAGAUAUAGAACGACUUGAGUAUCUCACAAUGGUUAUCAAAGAAACACAUAGGAUCAACCCAUUAGUGCCACUUCUAAUUCCAAGAGAGGCCUCAAAAGAUAUAAAGAUCGCAGGUUACGACAUUCCAGAGAAAACUUGGAUCCACGUCAACAUUUGGGCUGUUCAUAGGAAUCCAAACGUUUGGAAAGAUCCGGACGCUUUCAUUCCAGAGAGGUUCAUGGGUAAUGAGAUUGACUAUAAAGGUUUAAACUUUGAGUUGUUGCCGUUUGGUAGUGGAAGGAGAAUGUGCCCUGGUCUAGGAAUGGGUAUGGCCUUGGUACACUUGACUCUCAUCAAUCUUCUCUACCGAUUUGACUGGAAGCUUCCAGAAGGAAUGAAGGUUGAAGAUGUUGAUCUUGAAGAAUCAUAUGGACUUGUCUGUCCUAAGAAAGUUCCACUUGAGCUUAUCCCAAUAAUUACCAAGUGGACUUGACUAUAUAUUUUCAUACUCCAAAAUGUAACCUGUGCAUGUAUUUUUUUUUUUUUUUUUUUGUAACUUCCUUUGCAAGUAUUUUGAAGCCAUACCAAGUACGUUUGAUUAAUCCAUCGUUAAGCACAUUCUAUCUGGCAAACACACCUCUUUAUGAACGUUACUACUGG